UCUUUCUUAUCAGUAACUUGUUUAACUUAGUUUCACUUUAAAUUAUUCGAGCUGUCCCUUAUUUGGAACCUUCACAAAUUUUGGGUCGUAUAAUGCAUACAUAAAUUAAAUGUAUUCAAAUGAGACCUAUUAAAUGUCAUUUUGGGCUGUUGAAUGGAAUACAUUUGCUCAUAAAUUAUGCUAAUUUGACCAAAAAGAGCCUCGUAUGUCAAAUUGACACCAAUUUUUAAGAUCGCAAAACAGUCGGUCUUAUGUCAUGUUCUAUUAAAUUUUUUUUAUUUAGUAUGUUUGAAUUUCAGUCAUUUUUUGGCUCUGAACCGCAGGUUUGAUAUGUUCUGCCUUAUCAUCAGGUCGUAAUUUAUAGUCUCCAUAGAGUAAUUUAUACCUCUAGGUUAUCAUUAAUUGGCGACAGGGUGUCCGCAGACAUACGUUACUUUCAACCCAAACUACCCCCUCCCCCCACCCUCACUGAUUGUUUUGUUGGUACACGGCUGGAUGAUUGCUUUGAUUCGAACAGAAGUCAACCCAAGCGAGUAAUUUUAGCCAAGCGACCAUAAAAAACACUUCCUUUGCGAUGGUAUUGUUCCCCUAUUAUUGCUUACGUAUUUCCUGUCCAGAAUUAGACUUAUGGUCAUUGUACCCUGAAAUUGUGAGUCGAAACAAGAAUGGUAUCAGGAAUCACUUCUAAGGCGCUUCAAUUACAAGCUCCUUAGUUCUUUAUUUGCUGAAAGGAUUCCUGACAGCUCCAAAAAUAUGUUGCUUAGUUCUAUUCCGAACUGACAUUUGCUUCAAAAGAUUAUUAAUAAAUUUUUAAUAAAUUAUUUGUUCUGUUUCUUUUGGACAUUGAUAAUUGCUAUUAGUUUUUUUUUAGUUUUAUGUUCUAUUUUAAAAUAUUUAUUCAGUUAUAUUUUCUUCCGGUUAACCUUCAAAGUUACCAAAACUGGCUGAUACAGACCAAACGUUUCAAGUUCAGAUUACACAGCUAUGAGCAAUCACCGCAACAUUAUCUGAUUGCAAUUCUUGUAUUUCGAGAAUCCAAAGUUUCAAGUUCAGAUUUGCUACGUUUCGUUCUCGGAAUACUUUUUAAUUAUAAAUUUUAUCCUUCAAAUUAUCAUCUCUGCCAAAAUUGUGGCAAGUUCUUAGCCUGAGAAACACAUGAAAGAACAUCAUCACAGAACGCACGUUUUCACCUUUUUAAUCAGCAGUUUUCAUUUUGAUUUAUCAAUGUGUUAUCAUCAGAAACAAGCUUUUACUUUGUGUUAUACUUGAUUGAAAAAAUCGUCGGUGGUUUACCUGUUUAACAAUUCAGCGCGCAGAAUGAACUGAAACUUGCUUACGUCUGCUUAUAAGCAACAAAGUUUCUGCCACACGUAUGCGUUGGCCUGCAGUUUUUAAAGCAAAGUUCCAGGUCUCGAUGUCGCUUAUAACCUCUAUUUUUGAUUUUUUUUCUUGAGUAAAAAACAAAUUUUGAAAUAAUUAGUUACAAUUUUGUGUUUGUUGAGAAAUAAAGUUUUAUUUGAUUGCCAUUUUGAGCUAUUUCUUUAUCGUCAUUAUCGUCAUUGGUGCUAUAAAUCCACAAAAACUCUGUAUAUUCCAAAAUGGUCAUCGUAAGUUUCCGUCGUCGCAACCAAUACAUGUGGCUCAUCAUUAUUCUUUGCGGUUUUUAUAUCGUCAAGAAAGAAUUCAUGAGCUCUGAAGUUCCCUGCGCGGAAAAUCAUCAUAAAUCGAAUCUAAAUGCAAACUCAGACAAUCCAAGACUACCCAAAAAUCAGCGUAGAAUGCACAGCCCGUUUGAAAACGACGUAAAACCAAAAGCCUUCGACGACAGCAAAAUUGAGGAGCCGAGUGUCGGCCGAGUGAGCGUUCGGAUUCCAGGAACCAAUAGAAAAAUUGAUCACAACUUCCCUAUUGUGUUCAUAGGGGGCGUGCCGCGAAGUGGCACUACAAUCAUGCGGGUGAUAGCCGACGCCCACCCUGGCAUUGCAUGUGGGGAGGAGACGAGAGUCGUUCCCAAUAUCAUCACAUCUCGGAAGAGGCAGGCCAGUGAAAUAGAGAAGGCACGUCUGGACUCAGCGGGAAUACCACAAGCGCUUUUGGAUGAUGUAACCCGCCAGUACAUUCUCUCGAUUUUGGUGAGAGAAAACACGACCAUCUCAAACAAGAACAGACUGGAGAUGCUAUGCGACAAAGACCCCUUCAACCUGCUGGCAAUGACCCCCAUAAGACGCAUGUUCCCCAAGGCCAAAUUCCUCCUCAUGAUCAGAGACGGCAGAGCUGUCACUCACUCCCUCAUCACUAGGAGAGUCACCAUUG